GGAGCUGAGGUGGGAGGGGCGAGGCCCAGGCGGCCACGGUCAGGACCACACCCGUCAGCAUGAGAUGGGGCCUGGGGCCCAUAUCAUGGCUCUUGGUCCCUGACCACAGGGGAAGCUCUUCUGCAAUAUCAGGAAAGAAGAAGCCGGUUGUAAAAGGAAGUGCUGCUCAUCCUGGGGCAGGCAUGUUGGGGGCGGGCUCCCACCCUGCAGUCCUCGGAGGAGCCUGGUGCUGCCCCUCCCGUGGUCAGACCAGCCUGAGGCAGCCCCCCACACAGCCUCCCCUCCACUGAGGCUCUGCUGCUUUUCUCACCCGCCGCCCGCCCGCCCGAGGACAGCAAGGCCAUGGGUCUGCCCCUGCUGCUGCCCCUGCUGCUGGCAGCAUCGCUGCAGGCUGGUGGCUCAGCAGAGUGCAUUUUAAACCCUGAUCUUGGACUCUACCAACCAGAGCGCCUCUCAGCCCCUGAGGGUGGCUCCAUCGACAUCCCCUUCUCCUUCUGUCUCUCCUGGGAGUUGGCCACGGAUCCCAACGUGCGUAUAUACUGGAGAUGGAAAGACUUCCAUGGAGAGUUCAUCUACAACACAACCCCGCCGUUCACCCAUGAGGAUUUUAAAAACCGCCUCUCCCUGAACUGGGCAAAGGGCCAGACGAAUGGCUCCCUCCGGAUCUCUAACCUGCGGAGAGAGGACCAAAGUAAGUACUUCUGCCGAGUCCGGUUGACCACACGGAAAGGCGAGAAGGAGUGGCAGUCCAUCAAAGGGACCAAACUCACCAUCACCGGAGCCACCGAGAAAACCACCACGGACCCCACCAGCACCACCACCACAGAUGGCCUCAGUGUCUCGGGGGACAAAGGGAGAUCAGGGUUUUGGCCUUUGAGUAAGGAAGUUGUGGUCAGCAUGGCAGUGGCCAGCACUGUGCUCAAAAUUGCAAUUUUGGGACUGAUGGUCUACCUCAGGUGGAAGAGAAGCCAAGGUCUGUGAACUAAAGCCAGAGCCAGCUAGGUUGAUGGCAUCCUCUAUGCCUCCCUUACCUUCUCCAAUUUGACCUCACCCUCACCUGUUAGCCACCUUCUCCAUGAGAGCCCCCAGGAGGAGACCCUAUACUCUAUCUUAAAGACCUAAGGAGUAUGACUGAAUGAUGACCUCCUUAGAGUAAGCUGCACAGAGAGAUCACCACUUCCCAUGAUAAUCCCAGCCAGACACAGAUGACUCAGAAGCCAGCUGGGGUCGAAGGCCACCAAGGACCUAAGAAAAAUAGCCAUCUGCUCCAGUUCCCUCUUCGCCUCGUUCCCUUGCUGACAAAAAUAAAAGUACCUGCAGGAUUAGCCUGCAUGCAUCUAAGAAAAAAAUUGAUUUCAGCUUCUGUCCUUCUUGCCAAAAAUAAACUACAAUACAUAGCUC